AUGGAUGAACUGCCAGAACUCAACAGCAGAAUAAAUUCGGGUGUAAAUAUUAAAGAAGAAAAAAGAGCAGAAAAAAGCGCAUUUGAGAUAUCAGUGGCCCCAAUGGUUGGCAUUUCAACCCCGGAGUACAGACAGUUCAUGCGAAUUAUAUCCCCAAACUCCUUGGUAUUUACGGAAAUGGUUGUAGACACAUCUCUUAUGUACAUGAGCAGCUCUGUACUUGAAAGAAAAAUAGGCCUGCCCACAGAGAAAUGCGUGCUGCAAGUGGGUGGAUCAAAUCCAGGACAAAUUGCAUCUGCAGUGAAAAGGGCAGUUUCCCUGGGAUAUGCGAAUUUCAACCUUAAUUGCGGGUGUCCAAGUGACAGAGUGCAGAACGGCAGUUUUGGGGCUGUUCUCAUGAAAGACCCAUUUAGCAUUGUGCGAAUUCUCCAGGCAGUUUACGAAGAGACAGGAGUUGUAAUGAGUGUCAAGUGCCGCACAGGUGUGGAUGAAAUUGAAGACUACGAGUCCUUUAGGAGAAUGAUCAGAAUUAUUGUAGAGAAUACAGAGUGCAGGACAUUCUAUAUUCAUGCAAGAAAGUGCCUGCUGAAAGGCCUAUCCCCAGCGGAUAACAGAAGAAUUCCUCCAUUGAAUUAUCAUUAUGUCUUCCAGUUAAAGCAGGAAAUGCCCCACUUAAAGAUUGUUCUGAAUGGAGGACUGCGUGAUAUACCCAGCAUACAGGCCCUGGAAGGAAAGGUUGACGGUGUGAUGCUGGGGCGUAAGCCCAUGGAUGAUCCAAUGUUUUUCGCAGAAAUUGAAGAGAAAAUACUUGGACAAAGAAAAAUAACCACAAUAGACGCAAUAGCACUCUACCUGGAGGGACUUCCCAACAGAUUAAAGUACAGAGAGAAAUUCAUGCAGAUAGACACUCUAGCACCUUCUGCAUACACAGUUCCAAAUAAGCAGAGAGACCAUGACCCAAAUGUUCUUUCAAACGUAAGCGUACUUUUGUCUGGAGAGGUAGAGUAUCUGUGCAGACAUGUGGACUUAAAGCCAAUAGAGCCAGUCCUGCAUGGAAGGCGGGGGUGCAAGGAGUACAAAAGGGAGAUAGCCAGAAUUGCAAGAGAAAGGUGCCCAACAACAUCUGUAGUGGCAAGCAUACAAAGGUAUUUUGUAGAUCCGUGUGAAGAAAAAGAGUUAUGUGGUCUUGCUGAAGAGAGCUAA